GAGUGGAAGAACAACGUGGACAAAGCCAUUGCGAAGGGGCAGACACUCCACGUCUUCUACUUCGAAGGGAGAAAGGGUGAGGGGAAGAUGGCUUGGGAGAAGCUGUCAGACAGCGAGGCUAUGAGUGAAGCCCGGGCCCACAGCGGUCUGGGCCGCUCGCAGACGGCUGAGGUUGCGUAUCUCGACAGGCAGGAGGCCAAGUACGAAGAGCACGACAUCAAAGACUUCGAGUCCUUCAUGGCUUCUCGCAACCCUGUCGCGGCCAACAACAGAUCGUCUGGCACG